AUGGUGGAUCCGUCAUGGAUCAACAUGCACCGCAUUCUCACACAAUCAUACACUGCUGAUGGAGCUGCUGCUGCUGCUGCUGCUGCUGAUGGAGCUGCUGCUGCUGCUGCUGCUGCUGCUGAUGGUGCAGGGCUGACCCCGCUCCCAUCAAGUCACCACCACGAGCUCAUGACCCUGCAGCACGGAUCUGCUUCUGCUGGUGGUGGUCGUCCUGCCACUGCCCUGCAACAGCGUAGGGCCGUCUCAUACUCCACGCCCCCCAAUCCGUCACGUGCUCACGGAUCAUCUCCUCAGCCCUCACGGGCAGUCGCUCCCACAUCUCCACUCCCCCCCUUCCCCUCUACUCAGAUCCCUCUCACGGUUGCACCACGUGCUGUCCACGCUCCAGCCAACUCUGCUACUGCCAGGCGGCCAGCAGGGGACCAGCAUGGCACCGUCAUUAAUGCAACCCCUCAAGCCAAGGAUAGUGGGAGGCACCGAGAUAUGAACCCGGAGGUUGCCAGAUUAGGCUCGGCAUUUGAAGCUGGUUUGGCAGCUGCCAGAUCCGGUUUGGCAGCUGGCAGCCCUGGUUUGGCAACCGGACCUGCAUUUGCUGCCGUUUCUGGGUUUAACGCUGGUGCUGCAGCAGGAACGGCAUCCGGAGCAGGAUACAGUGUCAGUUCUGGUGUGAGUCAUGGUUUAGGUGCUGCUAGUGCUGGUGCUGCAGCAGGAACGGCUUCAAGAGCAGGAUACAGUGUCAGCUCUGGUGUAAGGUUUGGAGUAGGUGCUGCUGCUGCCGAUCGUGGCCGGUUUUCACCGCUUGGGGAGGAAUGUGCACUGGACCUGCUCACUCGGAUCCUGCACCACCACUGGCACCCCACUCAUCCCCGCAAUCCCCAUUUGAAGGCCCACACUUGUUGCUGCAACCAUCAUCGCGUGACUGUGGUCAACUGCAGUGAGUGUGCGUUGCUCCAGCAGAAUGAAGUUGACCAAGGAGUGGGGGAGAGGGGAGGGCAUGAGAUGGUGGAAGGAGGGAGAGGGGUGGAGAGAGGGCAUGUGGGCCGAGAUGGGGAAGGAGGUGGAGGAGGGGAAGCGAGAGAGGAGGGUGAAAUUGAUGGUAGAGAACAAGGUUCUCUAGGAGAGGGAGGGAAAGGAGAUGGGGGGGAGGUGGGGAGAAGAUGGAGUAGAGAGCAAGGAGGGCGAGAAGGAGUGGGUGAGAGUGAAAGAGAGUCUCCCAGGAGGGACGAGGAGGAAGAAGAGGUGGAAAUGGAAGAGGAAUUCGAGGAAGGGGAAGAGGAAGGGAUCGAGGGGGAAGAAUCAGAGGAGGAAGAAGAAGAGGAAGAGGAGGAAGAGGAGGAGGGGAACCGAGAAGAGGCCCGGCUGGGGAGAGAGGAGAGGGCGGAGGGGUGGGUGCCUGUGUGCUCUGCAGCUCUCUCUAGCGCUUCCUUCACCAACCCCUCUGCAAUGUUGCUGCUGCUGUCAGUGCCAUUGCUCGUGACAACGCGUUGGGUACCGAGAGGGAGAGAGGAGAGGGCGGAGGGGUGGGUGCCUGUGUGCUCUGCAGCUCUCUCUAGCGCUGCUCUCACCAACCCCUCUGCAAUGUUGUCGUUGUUGUUACUGCUCGUGCUUUGA